AUGCCGCAGGAUAGGCUACCCGCAGUCGUUAUCUCUGCAAAGAAGAUACUGUCCCUUUCACAAGUCGCAGAGAGACCAUUCAACCGGGCAAGUGGCCAUCAUGAUCACGGCCAGAUUCGUCCUUCACCAGGGCCCAGCAAAGCCACUGAUACUGACCAGCGAAAUCAAGAGUCCAACUCCUACCGAUGCUCCAAGUCGCGCAAGGAUUCAAGUCGAGGUUUGUCUGAUCCCCAAGGGCCUCAGGUAAUUUUAAUGUCUUCCUGGAGUCAAAGUGCAAGACACCGUCCCUUGCCGCCAACUCCACAUCCAAUGACGAACUCUAUGCUCGAGAAGUUGGAGAUUGAUCUCAUAAGGCAGAAUGGGAUGAUGAGGCAAUCGAUCUCGCUGAAUAGGAAACUUUACUACAGAGUGUUACUGGGUUUAGUUUCUCAGAUACGACAAUUAGCAUCGGCCCUUCGAUCGGUUAUCGAAGAGGCAAACCUCGUGAUAGAGCAAGCGAAUAAGGAUUGGCGACAGUAUGUAGAAGGUGUUAUGAAAGAAGAAGAACAAGAACAAGAAGAACAAGAAGAAGUGGAGCCAGGAAGGAGGUGUACGGGGCCUGAACUGGUUGACUGGUUCGAGUCCGAAGGCCAGGUCUGCAGCAUCGUAGACGGGCUAGGGUCGAGACUCAGAGACUCGGACAUCAGUUUGAGUACCAAGACUGCGCCAACGGUGCCUGGUGACAAGCCAAGUGACUGUAUACGCAGUCCCGCAGCACAGUCCCUUUGCAGAGAUCCCAAUCCGCUGAACAGCGCACCUAUGGAUCCAGUAGAUUCGGACAUGGGACAAGACAAAGAUGUGCAAGGCCAUACCUGGCCCUAUGUAGAACCUCUUCGAAUUACUCGUCAGCGAUGUGAGCCAGUCCGCGAUGGUGAUACUGUGUACUCCGGAUCAAACAUGAGACGACGCCUCGCUAUGCUUCAUUAUGAGCGGCGGUACUACGAGAGACUCGUCAACGAGGCACAUGUUCGAUUAUUACCUACAAUAAGGCAUCAGAUUCGCGAGCUCCAGUGUGUUUUACACGACUCUGGUGUCGAGGAGGAUAGAUUGAGGGAUUUACUCCAGGAGCAGAUCAGACUCCGAACGCCGGAGGAUCCAGGUGGUUGCGGAUGA